AUGAUUCCUCUGUCGCCAGCAGGCCGGCGACGGCGGCAGGAGCAGCAGCGGGGGGCAGCAUCUGGCCGCGUGCGCCGAGCCGGCCGCCUGCGCCCAGCCGCCGCCGGCGGCGCGGCCCGCCCCCGCCGGGGCCGCACCGGAGGCACGCGGCAGAAGCGGCAGCCGCCGAGGCUCCCGGGCCGGCAGACGGCGCCGACGCCGCGAGCUCACGAGCAGGGGCCGGCAGCGCCGCCCCCGCAGGGGCGAGGCGCCAAGCAUAAGCACGGCAAGCAUAGCCGCCGCCGGCCGCCGCCGCCCCACGGGCGGCAGAGCCGCCGGCUAGGUAGCAGCGGCGGAAGAGCCGCAGGCGCACCGCAGCUGCCGGAAGCGCCGCAGCGCCGGCAGCGGCCGGCAGCGCGCAGCGGCCGGCAGCCGCAGAGGUCCGGGAGCGCCGCAGGCGGCCGCAGCGGCCGGCAGCGCCGCAGGCGCAGCGGCCGGAAGCGCCGGCCCGGCAGCAGCAGCGGCCGGAGCAGCAGCCGGAGGGGCCGGCAGGCGCCGCAGCAGCGACCAGGAGCCCGCGGCCGGCUCAGCGCCCGCAGGGCGGGGCUAGCGCACCGGCCCCCGCAUAGCCGGAAGCGCGCCCCCGAGCGGACGGCAGCGCCGCCGCCGCAGGGCCGGCAGCGCUGCGCCACAGCCGAAGCAGGCGGAAGUCACCGCCGCCGCCGGCGGUCGGCCGCCGCACGAACCGGCCGGCAGAUCCCCAUGCGAGGAGCGGCUGGCAAUGCGAAGCGGCCGCGCCGGCGACCGCACGGGAGGCAGCGCCGCCGCCGUCCGGCCGCCGCCGCCCCCGCAGCGGCCGGCAGCGGCAGACGCCGCAGGGGCCGGAGCGCCGCAACAGCACGAAGAUAUGAGGCAGGGCAGCGCCGCCGCAGCGGCGGCCGACCGCCGCACCGGCCGGCAGCGCCGUCCCCAGCAGAGCGGGCGGCAGCGCCGAGGCCGCCGAUCGGACCGCAGUCGGCCGGGCAGCGCCGGGCGCCGGAUCAGCGGCCGGAGCGCAGGCGCGCGGGCAGCGGCCGGCAGCGCCGCAGGCGCCGCAGCGGCCGGCAGCAGCUCGGCCCGGCAGACAGGCAGCGGCCGGAUCAUACAUUUAAUCCUGAUUUUCCUUGA